AUGAGUCUUCACCGUAAACUGACCUGGUUGAUAACUGGGGCCUCUUCUGGUCUGGGACAAUGUCUUGCCAUCGAAGCCCUCAAGGCUGGUCAUGAGGUGAUUGGCACGUCACGCAACAUCGCCAAUGCCGAGAAAAGCUGUCCAGAGUUUGCAAAAGGCGGGGGUAAGUGGCUUAGCCUAGACCCUGGCCAGGCUAGUGCGCAAGAAACUUUGUCAAAACUCUUGGAAGGUUACAGCAUUGAUGUUUUGGUAAACAACGCUGGGUACGCAUUCAUAGGAGGACUUGAAGAUACCAGUGAAGAGGAUGUUCGUUCUCAGAUGGAGGUCAAUUACUACGGCCCACUCCGCACUCUGCGCGCAGUGCUUCCUGGUAUGCGUGCCAAAGGAUCUGGUAAUAUCGUGCUUAUUAGUAGUGGAGCUGGAUUCAUUGCAAGGCCAGCCCGUUCGACGUAUUCCGCUAGCAAGUUUGCCAUAGAAGCGGCCCACGAGUCACUUUCCCAUGAGGUUCAACCCUUUGGCAUCAAGGUGCUCAUUGUGGAACCUGGUGCAUUCAGAACUCCUUUCUCAAGUAGGAUUCUCACCCCUCUUCAAUAUGAGAGUACUGGCGGAGUAAGCGAGGCUUAUCGAGGCACUGCUGUCGAGCAGAUGGUUCACGCAACGCGCACUAUGGGGAAUACCCCCGAAGCUCUGAAGGGAGAUCCUGAAAAGGCUGCUAGAGCUAUCUUAACUGCUGUAUGCCACGGGCAUGAUUUUCUUAGAUUGCCACUAGGUGAAGAUUGCAUUUCUGCAUUGGAAAUGAAGAUAAACGACCUGAAAAAGGAUCUGACUGCGACCAGGGAGAUCGCGUUGUCUUCAAACUUUUGA